AUGGCAAUGGUAGAGUAUAGAUCUAGAAGACAUUUUGUGAGGCCGAUUGAUCUACACAUUUUUGAAGUCAUUGAUAAUCACCUUAGUGGAGUUGUUGUUUUGAAUGUGUGUACGUGUACAUGCAAGGAUUUCAAUUAUUACGACAUGCCAUGCUCCCAUGUGAUUGCAGCAACCCGUUAUCGGAACAUUGAUCCAUACACACAAUGCUCCCUUUGUUACAACAUUCAGGUUGUUUACGGAUUAUAUGCAAAACCUAUUUUCCUUGUAGGCCCUAUUUUAGAAUGGCCUCGGGGAGAUGAUUACAAAGACAUCCAGAUAUUGCCACCGAUAUGUGUCACUCAAGUUGGCCACCACUGGGAAAUAAGAAUACCAUCUAUAGAAGAUGUCACUCAGAUUCACAAAUGUAUUAGGUGCGGUAUGCGGGGCCACAAUUGA